AAACAUCGAUACAUCGAUUGCCAGCUAUCGCACUCAUCUGCCAUCCCCAACGGCACGCACUACAAUUUUUCGUACUUGUUUGGUUAAAUUUUAUUACCUACAGAAGGCCAGCAAAUCCAGCAGCAAUGGGCAAACGUCGGACGCAAUCCCUGAUCGACUCCCAUUCCAGCGAUAGCGACAGCGAAUCGGAGACCAAUCUGGAAUCGGACCUGAUGUCACUGGCCAAGAAGCGCAAGAAGCCCCAAACGGCGGCUAAAUCGAGCUCCCGCUCCGACUCCGAUUCCGACUGGGCCAACAACAAAGCCGGAGCCCCUGCCUCCAAGAAGAAGAAGCGUCAGAAGGCCAGCAGGGAUUCCAGCUCGUCGGAGUCCAAUUGGGACGACGACAGCCAGGAUGAGGAGCCGCAGGCGAGGCAAAGCCCUGCCCAGGCAAAUACAGAGCAAAAGCCGCCGGUAGAGGCUUUACAGCCCGCCCAACUCAGCGAACAGGAGGAGGGCGAAGUCUCGGACAGCGAUUCCGACAAGUCCAAGUCCAACUCCUCCUCUUCCGGGUCUGAUUCCUCGAGCUCUUCGUCCUCCAGCUCCGACUCAGAGUUUGAUGACGGCUUCGAUGACGACCUAAUGGGUGACGAGGAGGAUCGAAGGCGACUCAAUGGUCUGUCCGAAAAGGAGCGUGAAACGGAGAUCUACAAGCGCAUUGAACAGCGCGAGAUCAUGCGCACACGCUGGGAAAUCGAGAGGAAACUUAAGUUGGUUAAGCGAGGCGAAAAGAACCAGGAGAAGUCCAAGAACAAAGGAGAACGGGCCAAGAAGAAGAAGGAGAAGCGCGAGAAGAAGGCAAAGAAGGCUCGGGAAUCACAGGCACCUGCGCCGUCACAAGUUUCCACACUGUCGGAUGCGGUUCCCAAACCCAGCAACGAAGUGCGGUCCGCGAGUCCUUUGUCCGCGCCCGCUCUUAAUCGAGAUGUGGCUUCCACUUCGGCGGCGGUGGCCAGUAAUCUGCCCGAUGAUCAGUCAGCUGCCGCUGGUGUGUCCGAUUACUUCGAUCACAAGGAGCGAUCCAAGGAGCGGAAGAAGAACGUAGAGGCCAACAAAACGGACGACAAGAGGAGCAAUGCCAUGGCCUUGUUAAAAGCCAAGCGAGAGGGCAAGGCGAAAAGGGAGGAAGAAGAAGCCAAGCGCCUGGCUGAGCGAGAUCGUGAUGACGACAAGGAGGAAUUGGAGAGCGUUUCCGGUUGCAAAUCAGCCGUGAAACUGAAAGCCUCUGAGAUUUAUUCAGACGACUCGGGCAGCAGCGAUUGGGAUGAAGAUGAGAAGCCCACGGGCAAGCGUUCGCGCUCCAACAGCAGCAAAGCUUCCAGCGAAUCGGAAGAUGAUGAGAAAGUUCCGCAGAGACCUGUUUUCAUAACAACACGCGAUGAUCUGAACAAGCUGCGACUUUCGCGGUACAAAAUGGAACGUUUUGUGAACUUGCCAAUCUUUGAAAGCACCGUUCUCAACUGCUUUGUGCGCAUUAGCAUUGGAAACAAUGGCCAGAAGCCCGUGUAUCGGGUGGCAGAGAUUGUGGGUGUGGUGGAGACGGGCAAGAUCUACAGCCUGGGCACCACGCGUACAAAUCGCGGCCUGAGACUCAAACAUGGAACACAGGAGCGGGUGUUCCGGCUAGAGUUCAUUUCGAACCAGGAGUUCACUGAGAACGAGUUCAAUAAGUGGAACGAGGUGUGCCAGCAGUCGCACGUCCAGAUGCCCACAAUUGACCUCAUCGCAAUCAAGCAAAGCGACAUUAAAAAGGCUCUGAACUAUGAGUUUAAGGACGAGGACGUGGACAAGAUCGUGGAGGAGAAGAACCGCUUCCGCAACCGACCCACCAACUAUGCCAUGAAGAAGACCUGUCUGAUGAAGGAGCGCGACGCGGCCAUGUUGAGGGGUGACUACGACAUUGCCCAGGAUCUGGGUCAGCAGAUCGAUGAGCUGGAGAACCGUGCCUCCGAGCUGGAUAAGAGGAGAUCGCAUACCCUAAAUCUUAUCUCCUACAUAAACGAUCGUAACAGGAAGAAGAACGUGGAGGAUGCCGAGAAGGCGAUUCUAGAGGAGGCUCGGGCAAACAAGGGCCUCAAGAUCUCGGAUCCCUUCACGCGCCGGAUCACUCAGCCGCGCAUGGGUUUCAAGGGUACCAAGAAGGACGACGAUGAUAUGCAGCUGGCGCCACUGCCUCCUCCGCCACCAGGAAAAAAGCGGCCCAGCGAAGCAGGUACUUCGAGUGCUAGCGCCAAGUCCACAGACUCAAAGGAUUACAGCCUUUACUCACUACACGACUUUGACAUCGACUUGGAUGUGCCGCUACCGGUUAGUACGAAUUCCGUACCGAAACCGGCCAACAAACCAGCUGAAACAGUCUCCAAGCGUUCGUUGAAUCUAGAGGAUUACAAGAAGAAGCGCGGCCUAAUCUAGAUAAUUAAAUUGCUGGCCUACAUAUAUUGACAAAGCCUCACACGUUUACGUCCUAGUUAGUGUAGUGCCCAAAUGACUACAGCGAACAUUUGUUAAUGCCACGACGACUCACCCAACUAAAGAUGUAUGAAAAUGACGGGCAAAUCCGCCCGACUGAUAGUUACAGUUCAUAAUUGUAUUUAGGUUGACAAAGAAAGUUUGAAUUAGGUCUGGCAUAGCGAGAAUGGUCCAUUGCAUCAAAAUUAAAUUCUUAUUGAGGAGACUUCCGGUUUGUGUUUGUUCGGUAAAACUAUAAUGAUUACAUUUUUAGCGAAAUUAAACGAACAGCAGCAGCAAUAUCGAACAUUUAAAAUUCGUAUGCAAGUAAGGGACUCAUUAAAUAUUAUAAAUAGAUCGAUAAAGUAUAAUGUAAUUCGUAUAGAAUCUAAGUUGAAAAUUGUAUUACGAAGACAGAUAAACCCCAAUCCAGCCCAUCCCAAUUUUCUCGACGAGAUGUUCAAUAAAUUAUCAACUAACAUAAUUUAUACAGAAUUAGUUUACAGAAAAAACUCAAUUGUUUACUCAGGCAUAUGACAAGUGUUAAGGAGAUUCCAGGGACAAAUAUAUAACAGGCUGAUUAAAUGGGAUAUGAACACACAAGAGUAUGUAUCCGUUGGUUGUAACCGUUCAAUGCUGUAUUAGCUUUAGGCGAAAUUCAUCAACUGUGGCAACAGCAUUCAUAUACUUAAAAAUAUACAUAUAAAUAAUAAUUAUUUAUAAUAAAGAAAACGACUAUUAAAUUCA